AUGGUGCCCAUCCCGAGGAUAAUCCGCGACGCAGCUCGCUUCGGGUACCAAUGCGCCGUGAACUGGACGUGGAGCCGCACCUGUACCGAGACAACACCAGAGCGACAUAAUUCCUUCAAACUAACAGACCUCUCUCGCGAGUCCCGGGAUAAAUGGCUACUUUCGGCCGUGACCAUCAUCCUAUUUGGUAUUACUGCCAUGGGGUUCGUUGCUUGGUUUUACUUCUGGGGCAGAGAUCGACACCCGCGACAAACGGCGUCUCCCGAGGACAAGACUGCCCUGAAUGAGAUCGAUGAGUUUCCGGAUGAGGAGGAACGAUCAGAUGGUUGGUAUGGUUUUAUUUUGGCCUGUCAUGCUGCCAUUACCCUCGGUGCUGGUGCUGGCUGA